AGACUCUCCAAAACAAACUAAACAACUUAUUUUCCUUCCAAGGCGGUGGGAUUAGUCUAUAAAUUCGUUGAAACUUAGAGACAAAUAAUCAUUUCUCCCCAACUACAAAUAGACCUGAUUCUUAUGAUCUUAUCAUAUACAGAACAACAAUGAACCCCUCCGCCGCCGCAGCCGCACUAAUUAUCAUCGCCGUUUCAACAAUUCUAAUAACCUCUCCAUCUCCGGCGACAGCAGCCACCCGCACCGUUACCGGCCAAGCCGAUGACGUGUCACCGAAAACCCCCAGCUUGUGGAGGCCAAUCAAGCAAGUCCACAUCAGCAACGAGUUGGGCUACAACGACUCCAUAAUGGUUCACUGCACGGGCCAGAGACUUUUGUCGAAGGAAGACCUAGGAGUUCAUUACGUCGGAGACGGAUGGGAGUACACGUGGCGGUUCAGGCCGAGUUUCUUCGGAGUCACCAGGUACUCGUGCUACGUGGCACCAGUCGGCGACGGCAUGCCGGUCCACUCGGAUUUCGAUGCUUACGUGUCCGGAGACGGUAGCUUCGUCGAGUACGAGAACAAUGUGUACUGGGCGGUUAAACGCGACAGCAUCUACCUGAGGAACGUGUCCGCCGGCGGGGGAAGUAGGGAUAUCUGGAAGCACGUUUGGGUUCCUGGGAAAGUAAAUUCUAAUAGUAAUAGUAUGGAGUGAAAAUAUUGUGUAAUUAGGUUAAACAUUCGAAAUAUGGUUUAUGUACUAAUAAUAAGCAAGGGACGUGUGG